GGCGGAUGCUACCUCUGAACUUCACUGCUUAGGUGGAUUUGACAUCCAAGACGUGUCUACUGCAAAUGCGACGAGAUGAGAGCUAGCGUUGGCUACCUUUUAAAAAUUCCCAAACUCGCUCGCUUUCCGCUUCCAUAGUUAUCUCUGGAGUUGUUUCCAGUUAAAUAAUUGUAACGUUAGUCUUGUAGAAAGGCCUUCAAGUGUGACAGAGACUUCAACUGCAGUGAAAAUGGAUUGAUCCAUGCUGCUGGAAAGCCAUGAAUGGAUUGAGGUGCGGAUGCUAGCGUUAGCCGGCUAGCCAUGGAGGGAGCUAGAGGAGCUUGUGACUUUGUAUCGUUAGCCUCUAUUCAGUAAAAUGAGUUGAUAUUAGUCAUUCACCGACCAAACGUGUUCAAUCCACGCAUGUAAAUCUUAUUAAAGUGCACCAGUGCUAUGCUGCGCACACGCCCUGGAUAUGUCAGCUGUCCUGCACAUACCGCAGACACCCAGUUGGCUGUCAUUAGAUCCCAUUCUACUCUGAAGCAGGAUUAUUCCCUUUGCAGCGAAGAACACAGGCUAGACUGCACCCUAAUAUGCUAAACUAAUCAUUUUCAAAUGUUUUAUCUUAAACCAAAUACAGUCAGUUUUAGAUUGGUGUCACAUUUAUUGACUGGCACGGAGAGGAUUUAGAUUAAACUUUGCUUAAGUUGCAGGCACCCUUGUUGUCAGUUGGACUAGUGGGUGAUCCCUCCUGAGUUGUAUGGGAGACAGUGUUGGCUGUAGCAGGACUGUUGUAGGUCAAAGAUGGGAGGUUCGGUGUCUUGCUGCAUCUCUCCCAGAGAGAGUCCCAAGAUCCACAGGAGAGAGGUGGAGCUGGAGGAGUGUCCCAUUACCACCACUGAGGAAGUGAGCGAGGACACUGGGACAUACCUGCAGCACAUCAGCGACAGGGAGCUCCCGGAUGAGUUGGCCCAAGAGACCAACCCAUCAGACCACCCCAGAGCCAGCACCCUCUUCCUCAACAAGUCUCAGACGGACGUGCGUGAGAAGAGGAAAAGCAACUACUUGAAUCAUCAGAUGUCCCCUGGGCUGCUGACAAAAAAGUACAGUUCCUGCUCAACGAUAUUCCUCGAUGAUAGCACAGUGAGCCAGCCCAACCUCAAGAGCACGAUCAAAUGCGUCGCAUUGGCCAUGUACUAUCACAUCAAAAACAGAGAUUCAAACCGCUCGCUGGAUAUAUUUGAUGAGAAGAAGCAUCCUCUGACGCGAGAAAAGGUUCCGGAUGACUACGCUGUGGUGGACCCAGAACACAAACUAAUCUACCGCUUCAUACGAACGCUGUUCAGCUCUGCGCAGCUCACUGCGGAGUGCGCUAUCGUCACUCUGGUGUACCUGGAAAGGCUGUUGACGUACGCUGAGAUGGACAUCUGUCCUUGUAACUGGAAGCGGAUUGUUCUCGGUGCCAUCCUGUUGGCCUCCAAAGUCUGGGACGACCAGGCUGUGUGGAACGUCGACUACUGCCAGAUCCUCAAAGACAUCACAGUGGAGGACAUGAAUGAGAUGGAGCGUCACUUCCUGGAGUUGCUCCAGUUCAACAUCAACGUCCCAGCCAGCGUCUAUGCCAAGUAUUACUUUGACCUGCGCUCACUUGCCGACGACAACAACCUCAGUUUCCCUCUGGAGCCGCUGAGCAACAAGCGGGCCCAAAAACUGGAGGCCAUCUCCAGGCUGUGCGAGGACAAGUACAAAGACCUGAGUAAAUCGUCUAUGAGGAGGUCCGCCAGUGUCGACAACAUGGUUGGAAUCAAGAACUCCAAUGCUGUUCUGUCCUAAGUCUGCGGCGGAGGUGGAGAAACGGGCUUAGAGUGAAGUUACAGGAUACGACGCCAAGAAUUCAAGACCGCAUUCGCCAAGAGACCCUUCCAAAGUAGAUAAUAUCAGUAACCGAAAAGUAGUGGACUUUGUGGAGGAAGAAAAGAGCUUUAACCUACAAUAUCUCUAAAGUAUAAUGAAUCCAGACGAUGUUCAUUACAAAGAACUUCAGCUAUCUGCCGUUUUAAAGCAUGAUCAUUUCAUGAAAUAUUUUGCACACACAUUACUUUUCAAAUGGACGUGUAACUUUGGAAGGAAUCUGCAUGAAAAGGCUUUCUGAACUGAGGACCUUCUCUUACUUUCACAUCAGCCGACCCUUUUGAGGAGUCCUUUCUCUGGCCCUCUCCCCUCACCUUUAGUCACAUGAUGACAGUCUCGAACUACCCCGUGGAGUAGUUCUGCACAUGGACAAAGAGUAGACUUUGUUUUGCUUACUAUGUAGGCCCCUAUAGCUGUGAAAUGUACAAGACUUUAUUUAAUUCAAAUAAACUUUCAGUCGCUGUUUAAAGUCGAGGCUGCUUAGAUGGGA